AUGGCCACCACACUCAGCUCUCAUCACACUCAAGCUCCCCAUGAGCUCCAGAGCUCCCUUGAUCAUUCCUCCUCAAGUCCAAAAAUCGACUUGAAUCUCUUCCCCGACGGGCUCAAAACAACUGGUCAACACGCACCACUCCCGGAACACCUUCACCCAUUCGAAGAUUUCCCUUCCGAGAUCACUGGCCGCACAGUCUGGAAAGCUGAAGAGUACAAAGACCAUCCCGAGAAAUGGGUUCAUCGGUUCACAGUCGCUGAGGUUGAGGAAUUGAGCUCUGCGGCGGAUCGGUUUAUUGCUGCUGGUACUCCGUUGACUGGUAUCUCCCAGAAAAACUUCAUCCUCCCCACUCUCGGACCAUAUCUCUACAACGAACUGCGCGACGACCUGCUCAAUGGCAAAGGCUUCAUUCUCUUCAAGGGUCUACCCGUCACGGAAUGGGGAAAUCACAAAUCGGCCGUUGCAUACAUGGGCCUCGGUACAUAUCUCGGCUACUUUGUGAGUCAGAAUAGUCGCGGUCAUGUCUUAGGGCAUGUCAAGGAUCUCGGCGAGGAUCCCACCAAGAUCGAUCAAGUGAGGAUUUAUAGGACCAAUGCUCGUCAAUUCUUCCAUGUAGAUGACUCCGAUAUCGUCGGUUUACUCUGCAUUGCUCGCGCGCUGGAAGGCGGAGAAUCCGAUUUGGUCUCCUCUCACCACGUUUAUAAUGUGCUCGCCAAAGAACGGCCAGACGUUCUCAAAACACUGACGGAACCAAAUUGGUAUUUUGAUCGAAAGGGGGAGACGUCGAAAGGUCAGGAAGAAUAUAUCAAGACGACUGUAUUUUAUCUCGAGAGAACGGAAGAGAAUCCCCGUGUUUACCUCAAAUGGGACCCCUACUUCGUCCGCUCACUCACUCGCUUCUCUGACAAGGGCAUAAUCCCACCUUUGUCAGACAAACAACUAGAAGCCCUGCGCGUGCUCGAAGAGACCGCUCAACGCCUUUCGCUACACAUGAUCCUCGAAGUCGGCGAUAUCCAAUUCUUGGCCAACACACAUAUUUUACAUGCUCGAACCGCGUACAAGGACUUUGCGCCACCAGCACCAAGGCGGCAUUUGAUGAGGUUGUGGCUUGCGACGCCGGAGAGUGAAGGGGGUUGGAAGUUGCCGUUCUGGGACAGCGAUGAGAAGAAGCGUGGUGGAAUUCAGGUUGAUGAUCAGCCGCCUGUUGCAUUGUUGGAUGCUGAUUAG